AUGGACUUCUCUGGCUGUGCUUUAGUAAAGAGGGCGAAUGUGACUGCAUACCACCGCAGGGAGACAGAGUUCAACAGUUCCUCAGAUUUGGAUGAUGCUUCUUUGCUGGAGGAAUGGGCUCUCAACCCACCAAGCACAAACAUGAAGAUGUUUUUAAUCCCUCCAGUUGUCUGCCUUGUGGCAGGUGCCCUCAUCAUUCCUACCAUCCUGUUUGUGAUCUUCUCUAGGUUUAACAUCCGUAAGGAAACAAGGUACAUGCUGCUGGGAAAUGCUCUGUUUUCUGACCUGAUCUACCUGUUGUUCUACACCCUGUCAGCUGCUCUCAAUGCAGCACAUGUACAUCUCCCAGAGGAAGCUUGUAUCCUCCUGUUAUUUUUGCUGGCAGUGGCUUACUGUGGAGGAUUGUUCACAGCUGCUGCGAUAGUCUUGGACACAUACAUAGCCAUUUUGUUUCCUUUGCGCUACGUUGCUAUUUUGCCGCCUUCACGAACUAAAAAAAUCAUUGUAUUACUGUGGAUGUGUUCUGGGGCUUUCCCUGGGAUUUUCUUCUUGGUGCUAUCGAGCACUCACAGCUUUAUGCCCUGUGUCCUGGAAAUGUGCUCGGUUCCAGUAACACUAAUAUUAACUCUGAAUGGGACUGAUGCUGUGAAACUCUGUUUCUGGCUUUCAACCACAGUUAUCUUUCUCUGCCUGUCUCUAAUAUUUUGUUGCUAUGCUGUUCUGUAUUUUAAAACCAAGCAAUCGGGUAUAUGGGAGAACAUCUGCUCCAGAGCCAGUGUAACCUUCUUAAUGCACAACACUGUGUUGUUUUUUUACUUCUUUCCACUCUUGGUCCUUUUUGUAGAAUCAUUCUUGUGCAUUAACUUUGUCAUCAGAGAGCAGACAGGAAUCUGGAUUUCCCUGACAGUCUGCAAUGUCCUGAUGAUUCUGCCUAAAGCUUUGUUCCCUUUUCUGUAUGGGCUUCGAUACAGAGAGAUCUCAGCAUCUCUCAAAUCCAUUGUCAGAAGGAAGCAUCUCCGCCUGGUGUUACCUGCUCCAUCCUGA